AUGUCAAACUUCAACGGUCGUCGCGGCCCCAAUGUGUCGCAGUAUCUCCGCGACCUCAACGCCAUCAACCGUCAGGAGACUGCCCACGAGGAGCCUUUCAACAUGGAGGAGGAUCUCGCUCUUUUUACCAAUACUCAGUUCUUCGAUUUUGAGACGAACCAGACCACCGAUUAUCAAGCUCAACCUCUGAAGGUUGAUGUCGAGGCUGCCCAAAGCACCUCGCCUUCUGAUGGAAUGACCCCGGCUCCCUCCGUUGUUGGCGACAUCAACCCCAGCAGCUUUGAUUUCAUUCAGGGCGAUUUUAGCUUCCCCGACUUUACCAGUACCUACCCGUCCACUCCUUUGAACGGCUUCGCGGAUGGUGCCCAGAACUUCCCUUCUAUGCAGCCAAACGCCCCCACGGGCUAUCAGCCCGUCCAGCAACAGCAACAAGCCUCCCAUUACGGUCAGCAGGCUACUCCUCAGCCUUCAUCCGAGAAGCGUGGCUCUGAGAGUGGCCCUGGUGCCGGCCGCGGAAGCCUCAACUUUGAGGAAGCCUCUCGCCAUGCUGCCGAGGAGGACAAGCGAAGACGCAACACUGCUGCCAGUGCCCGUUUCCGCAUCAAGAAGAAGCAGCGCGAGCAAGCCCUCGAGAAGUCCGCCAAGGAGAUGUCCGAGAAGGUUUCCGUCCUGGAGAGCAAAGUCCAACAGCUUGAGAUGGAGAACAAGUGGCUCAAGAACCUUCUUGUUGAAAAGAACGAAGGCAACGAUGAGAUCGUCACAUUAUGGAAGGAGUUUGCCGCGUCCAAGUCUACCGACAAGUCCGAGUCAAAAGCUAAGUCCGCCGUCAAGGAGGAGACAAGGUGA